UUGUCAAUAUUAUACCUUAGAAAUUAAUACUUUGGAUGAAUUAUUUAAAAAAAAAAAAAUAACUUGGCCUAAACUUGUGGGUUCACUUUUGAGCUUUGCCUUAAUUUCCCGACUUCUUCUGUCACUUUUCUUCGGUGCCCGUUUCUCUGCGCCACUACUCUACGGCGUCCUAAUCUUUGCAACUUGGUUGACUUACAGCUCUUCAAUUACAAUUAUUUAUGGGCAUGCCGUUGAAAUUCUUGGCCUGCGCAUCAUAUUAGAGAACUCUAUCCGUUUUGCAGUGGGCAUGGCUAUUAUCUUACCUGGCUUGCUCCUGAUCAUCCGUUACUUUCAAGUUUCAAGUGAGUUUAAAGAAGCAGUUAGAGCAGCCCACCACUUCGACGAACUGUUCCGGAAGAGGCCCAUCAGUGAGAUUCCCUCGUCCCCCUCAUUUAAUUUAACACCUUAUAAGGAGUGUCCUGCUCAUCCCUCCAGCAGCGAGCGACUUUCAAAGUGGACCUCCUCCUUAACUCCCCAAGUACAGGACUCCUCUAACAAAGGCAGACCAGUGCGUUCCCCGGGAAGUCCUCCACUUACUACAGAGAUUCGAAUGAGUUUAAACUCCUCCACUGCAGAUAACGCAAACUGGGUGGCUCAUGCUUCUAGCUUGGGUGAUCUAGGAAGCCGGCCGUAUUUAACAGCUACGAGCAAUAUAAGUCGCUCACGCAAAGUAAAAAUGGUCACGCGGUCAAGUGCGGAUCAUAGCCACGUGCCCAAUCCUAUUUUGGCUGAAAAUUUACUCGCUGAGUUGGGGAUCCAAGUUAUGAUGGACUUGUGGACCACCAACAUGCGAACGUGGCUCUCCAGGAAAAUACUACGCAACCUGCUCGCACGCAUUAAAAGUCUCGAUGCUUACUUCGAGCAGCUCGGCUACGCUGCCUUUAAAUGCGGCGUUCUUUCCGAACAAAACAGACAGCUUCUCCAACGGUACGCCCAGGACAAACACUGCUUUGAGAGGCUGCAAGUCCAACGAUACUUGGAUAUUAAAGAACAUCCUCUCUGUGCGGAUUACGUCGUUCAACGCAUAGCAGAGCUGGCCAACCACUCCGUUGCUCUUGGCUCCUACUGCUGGGAUGCAUCCGGUUUGCUGCACAAAGGACGGCCUCUAAGGGACAGCUUACCAUCUGACCCAGAGUUGCUCUUCCAUCUUUUUUGUACUUUUAUGGACAUUGUGACUCCUUCAAAACCUUCAAGCACACAGCCUUUCAGUUCGGAGUAUGUCAGCAGCGGCCCCAUCCCCUCCGAAGACUGCACUAAGGACGUCUGUAUCUGUCGAGUUCGGUUGGCGCCCGCCGUGCACUAUCGGGUUGCCGUGCGCAGAAAUAUGAGUGGCGGACGAGACGAACUUUGGUCACUCUGGGAAGUGGCGGAGGGUAAAAAAAAUCUCUUUCACGUAUUGGUCCUGUUUGUCUAUUUUGUGCAAACCCGAAUGAGCGGCCAGCUAGGGGGCCUGAAGUUGGCCACCAGCGGCGUUCAACUGGACUACGUGCUUAGUGCCACUGGAAGUCAGAAAUACUAAUUUUUAUCAUUUUUAGUCAUUUCCUCCUUGUAAUGCUCCUUAAGAACGUCAAUAGCCCGGCGGCUUAGCUAUCAGUAGAUAAAAU